AUGCUUCUGGCUAAGGUUGCAGACACUGAGAGCCAGAGGUGGUCAGAAAGGCAGUUAUCUCUUCAAACUGGAGCAUCGGUCACCAUCCCGUAUCAUUAUGAUAUGAAAUAUAUACAACAUAAGAAAUACUGGUGUUAUGAUGCUGCGGGAGCAUUCAAUUAUUGUACGAUUCUGGAUAUGGAAAUUAACCCACGACUGCCUAGAGUAACAGUGACAGAUUAUCCAGCUCAGAGUCUCUUUACUGUGACUAUGAGAGAUCUGCAGAGUGGAGACACUGGAGUGUACUGGUGUGCUGUGGAGAUUGGAGGAAUAACUGAGCCAGAUGAUAAAGGGAUUUUUAUCUAA